AUGGAGGCAAAGGCCUCCGGGUCACAGCAUGGAGACCUCAACGACUCCACACCUGGAAUAACACCACCCAGAAUAUCCGCUCCGCCUGUGGCCAUUAAGGUGAUCGACAAGAAGAAAGCGCGGCAGGACUCUUACGUGCUGAAGAACAUGAAGAGAGAACCUCGAAUUCAUCAGAUGGUCCGACAUCCUCACAUCGUCGUCCUGCUGGAGACUCUGGAGACGGAGAACAGCUACUACAUGGCCAUGGAGCUGUGUGCUGGAGGAGACCUGAUGGACAGGAUCUGUGAGAGGAAGCGGCUGGAGGAGAGGGAGGUGCGGCGUUACACUCGCCAGAUCCUCUCUGCUGUGGAGCACCUGCACAAACACGGCGUCGUACACAGAGAUUUAAAGAUUGAAAACUUCCUACUGGACGAACAUAACAACAUAAAGAUCGUGGACUUUGGCCUGAGUAACACUCUGAAGGCUGAAUCCUUGUCUCUGGAGCUCCUCAACACCCAGUGUGGAAGUCCUGCCUACGCGGCCCCUGAGCUGCUGGCUCACAGGAAGUAUGGACCCAAAGUGGACGUCUGGUCCAUAGGUGUGAGUAUGUUUGCAAUGCUGACAGGGACUCUGCCCUUCACUGUUGAGCCUUUCAACAUCAAGCAGCUGCACCAGAAGAUGGUCAACGGAGAGAUCAGCAGCAUCCCCGGUGAUGUCAGCAAAGGUGCAGUUGCGUUUGUGUUGUCUCUGCUGGAGCCAGACCCAGCUAAGAGACCCAGUGUCAGAGCUGCGAUGGAGGAGAGAUGGAUCAACGAAGGAUAUGCCAAGAAACCACUCCACACACUCUCUCAUAAAAACAGGUUGUGUCCUGAGGAUCUCAACUCGUCUGUGCUGGCAUACAUGACAGAGACGCUUGGCUACUCCCUCUCUGAUAUCAUACACACACUCACCAUCAACCGACCCUCCACCAUCAUGGCCUCUUAUCACCUGCUGCUCAACAAACUCAGCAGGAGCCAGAAGGGAGCCAAGGCCAGCAAGAAACUAGAGAGCAAUGACUGGAGUCUCCCAAGCAAGAAUACAUGGAGAGAGAGGCCAAACACUGAAUCAAAGACUCAGAAUGAACCGACCAAUGAAAAAGGCUCGAAGCAGUCCAGCAGGCCGCUGAGAGCCCAACAGACAACUGAAUGUCAGAGCAACAGGAAGAGGCCUGAGGAUCUGCACAGAAAGGACCGUCGAGAGGACCGUCGAGAGGACCGUCGAGAGGACCGUCGAGAGGACCGUCGAGAGGACCGUCGAGAGGACGCGGAGAACCGUCCACCUUCCCCAUCUCUACCCCAACUUCCUCACUCUGCCUCCCCCUCAAUACCCCCUCGCCUUCCCUCCCCCGCCCCUCUGUCUACAGAGGAUGGGGCCACUGAUGAGGAGAUCGCCAUCACCUUGGACACCAGAGAGACUCUGUUUCCUGAAGUGUCUGUGUUCGGAGACAGGGAGCUCGUCCAUCUUUCUCCUCCUAAAAGCUCUGCAUCUCAACUCUGUGAAUCUGCCCCUUGCCAAGUCCCCUUACCGGCUGAGCCAAUCGGCGACGGAAGCACGUCCAGGCCGAUCCGACACACACACCUGCUCAGGACGACUCAAUCUGACGGGGCCGCAGACCCCGGGUCAGACUGCUUCCACGACAAUCGCCACCAGGACGACCAUUCUCAUCACCUGAGCAUCAACGAGCGUCUGGAAAAGCUGCAGACAUUUUAUUCCUCAGAGAAGAACGGCAUCUCGCCCAGGAUGCUCCUGGAGGCCGACGCACACACCACGCAGACGGACAGAGACCACCUGGGAACCAUGGAGACGACACAGACAUCUCCCUCUGCCCCACUGCCCCGCCUGCGCAACGUGGGGCUAAAAGACGGAAGAGGCAGGAAGAUGACAUGGGUAGGGUUGACCCGACCCGGGCCCCCAGGACUCCUGGUGAAUGGGUCUAAACCUCCCGCCUUCCCCUCACAGAGACAACAUACUUUGGUCAUUAAGAGCCUCAGGCAGGAGAGGGGCAAGAGAAAAGAUCUGUCGGCAGCAGCAGGAGGAGGAGGAGGCGAGUGUGGGACGGCAGGAGGAGGGCUGAAUGGAGCAAAGAGGAACUCAGUUCAGUUACGUUCAUCUCUCCAGCGUCGGGUGGCGGACCUGAAUCUGCCACUGCUUCCUGCUGCCCUGCAGGGGAAGACAGAUAGGAAGAACCAGCUACACAGCAUGGACUACUAAUACAUAUAUGUGAGGACUCGAUAGAGAGGCAGUGAUAGUGGCCAGAAAAAGGUGCAUCGAGAAGAGAAGAUAGUCCUGAGGUUAGUGAAAAAUUUAGAAAACAGAUUAGCGGAAAAUAUAGAGCAGCAGUUGAGAACUCUGCAUAGACAUUUUGAGAAACAGGUGUAAACGGCAGCUACAGAAAGAUGUUAAAGUUGAGUUAUCCACUGUUCCCUUCAUGCAACAGGACUCAUUUUCCAAACAAACCACACACAGUAUGCAUGCUUUAUAUGCUGCAGUGCCAAAAAUGUAAACUCUCAGCUCAUUGAUUUUAAUGUAGCCUUUAGUAGCAAGGCUUUGUUCUAGCUACUGUUAACCAUGUUAUGUUGAUCUCCACCCAUUCACUGUUCCAAAAUACAUUUUUGUACUAACAUUGAAAGUCAAAGUAAAACAAGUGUCAAUUCUAACUUACCUGUGUUGUUAUGUGUCUUCAUGAUAAGACAUGUUUACUUGUUUCAUCCUAUCAUGCUCAGCUGUGUACUUUAGCCAAAUAUAGAUUUUCUGCAUACAGAAAAGUGAGCCUAAGCCAUAGCUGGCUGCUAGCUAUGACAGCUUCAUAUCACUCUUCUUCUUCUACUACUCUUCUUCUUCUACGCUCACGCUCGUAAACUGCCACUCGACCAGAACCUAGCAAGUAAUAAGUGAACCCACAACAUCCCCACAAACGUCUUUUCAAGCAAAUAUCAUUAUUCUGAGAAAUAUAUGGAUUAGGUUGGUAUAAAUAUAUUAUGUAGUUAGUUACAAAUCUCAUCAUCAUCUUAUUUCUUUAUUAUGUUAAGUCAUAGAUAAUAACAUUGGAUAUUUUAAUGAUAUAUUGAUAGUCGAACUGGAAAUGCCCCCAGUUUAAAUUGAAGAUUUCAUCACCUUAGACCAGGGGUGUCAAACAUACGGCCCGCGGGCCAAAACCGGCCCGCCAA